UCACACUUGUUUUUUCUCUAUUUCUUCGAUUUUCUCCUUGAUUUUAAAAAGAGAAGAAAAAUGAAGGAGGGCGGAGUAACAAUGGAGGUAGGGAACGACGCCGUUGCCAUUCUCACCAUUUCUAAUCCUCCCGUCAAUGUCCUCUCUGCCGCGAUUUUUGAUAGACUGAAGGAACUGCUUACUGAGGCAAUGGGAAGGGAUGAUGUUAAAGCAGUUGUUCUUAUAGGCAAUGGUGGCAAAUUCUCAGGUGGCUUUGAUGUCAAUAUUUUUGAAAGGGCACAAAAAGCUGGGGAUAUUUCUAUCAUACCCGACGUAUCUGUUGAGCUCUUUGUCAACGUGAUAGAAGAUGCUAAGAAACCUGUUGUUGCCGCCUUAGAGGGACCUGUGCUUGGAGGUGCCUUGGAAUUAGCUAUGUCAUGUCAUGCACGGAUUGCUGCUACAAAGACACAACUUUGUCUGCCCGAACUCAUCCUUGGCGUUAUUCCUGGUUCAGGAGGUAGGUUGGUAUUUGGUAAUUCUGAUCAGAAGUUCGAUUGUUUUUUUUUUCAAAAUAAUCCAUGUACUAACAUUAGCUGUUUGAAAGGUACUACACGUCUCCCAAGGCUUAUAGGUUUGCCAAAAGCUCUUGAAAUGUUGCUGUUAUCUAGGUCAAUAACAUCAGAAGAAGGAAACAAGCUAGGUCUUGUUGAUGCUGUUGUUCCUUCAGAAGAAUUGCUGAAAGUAUCUAGGCAAUGGGCAUUAGACAUAACAGUGAGACGUAAACCAUGGAUACGGUCUCUUCAUAGGACGGACAAGCUUGGUUCCUUGUUCGAAGCAUUUACUGUAAUAAAAAAGGCAAAACAACAGGUCAAACUGACAGCUAAAAAUAUGCCUCAGCAUCAGGCAUGUCUUGAUGUGAUUGAAGAAGGAGUUAUUUAUGGAGGAUAUCAUGGAAUUUUAAAGGAAUUAAAAGUAUUCAGAGAGCUAGUCUUUCAAGAAACGUCGAAAGGUCUAGUCCAUUCAUUUCUUUCUCAAAGGGCAACAACAAAGUUACCUAUUGUCAAUGAUAUUGGGCGGAAACCAAGACCGGUGAAGAAAGUUGCUGUAAUUGGAGGCGGGUUAAUGGGCUCUGGCAUAGCUACAGCUCUUAUUUUGGGGGAUAUUUCUGUCCUUCUCAAAGAAAUCAAUUCCGAGUACCUUCUGAAGGGAAUAAAAACAGUAGAAGCAAACAUCCGAGGUUUGGAGUUGACAGAUGAUAAAGCAGAGAAAGCUCUGAUGAGGCUUAAAGGUGUUGUAGACUACUCUGAAUUCAAGUAUGUGGAUAUGGCCAUAGAGGCUGUUAACGAAAAUAUUGCCCUAAAACAGAAAAUCUUUGCUGAUACUGAAAGAGCAUGCCCUCCUCACUGUAUUUUGGCCUCAAAUACAUCGACCAUUGACCUCAAUAUAGUUGGAGAAAAGACGAAAUCAAAAGAUCGGAUUGUGGGUGCACAUUUUUUCAGUCCUGCCCAUAUAAUGCCUCUCCUGGAGAUUGUACGAACAGAGAAGACUUCUUCUCAAGUAGUUCUUGAUCUAAUGACUGUUGCAAAGACCAUACACAAAGUUCCGAUUGUAGUGGAAAAUUGCACUGGCUUUGCUGUCAAUAGAACUUUCUUCCCAUACUCCCAAAGUGCACAUCUUUUGGUUAACUUGGGUAUUGAUGUCUUCAGAAUUGAUCGGCUAAUCGGCAAUUUUGGAUUUCCUAUUGGUCCUUUCCAGCUUCAGGAUUUAGCAGGAUAUGGAGUAGCUGUUGCAACAACGAAACAAUUUUCUUUAUCAUACCCUGAUCGAACCUUUGAAUCUCCAUUGCUUAAUCUUCUUAUACAAAAUGGGAGAAAUGGUUGUAAAUGUAAUGGAAAAGGAUAUUAUGUCUAUGAGAAAGGAAGCAAGCCAAAACCUGAUUCUUCAGUGCUCCCAGUCAUAGAGGAAAGUAGGAGGCUUACCAAUGUUAUGCCUGGUGGGAAGCCUAUAUCCGUUACUGAUGAAGAAAUUGUGAAGAUGAUCCUCUUUCCUGUAGUGAAUGAGGCGUGUCGUGUUUUGGAUGAUGGAAUUGUUAUCCGAGCAUCAGAUCUAGAUGUAGCUUCUAUUCUCGGCAUGAGUUUCCCAUCUUAUAGAGGUGGUGUUAUAUUCUGGGCUGACACCAUUGGGGCAGAUCAUGUAUAUACAAGUCUCGAGAAGUGGUCUAAAUUAUAUGGUAAUUUCUUCAGACCAUCAAAGUUUCUGGAAGAAAGAGCAAAACGAGGCAUUCCAUUGAGUGCACCUGUUUCAAUGCCUUCACGAGCAAGGGCAUCCCUAUAGUAAAUACUAAAUAUAUACUUGUGUGAUGCCAAUUUAUUUUUAUUUAUACACAAGAACUAGUACUACCAUAGUAUUUAUAUGUAUUUAUGUAGCAGGGCUGACAAUCGGUUCAUGUGAGCCGAGCUUGGGUUGGUUCAAGCUUACAUACCAUCGGGCCACGUUACUAUAUACCACCGGGCCCAAUUAGUAUAGGCUCAAGUUCGGCUCUUGUAUUUUUUCGGAUUUCUGGUUUAUAUCGGGCCUCAUUGCUAUAUAAUGUAAUGAGUAAAAAAAUUAUAAAAACAAGUGAUAAACAAAAUUUACCUCUA